AAGAUGUCAGUUCGGUUCGGUUCACGAAGAAAAUGUCUACAGCAAUUUCGGAUCAUUUGGUUCGGUCCGGUUUGAACGAAUAGACGCACCGGACCGGACUGCCAAUUGCCUUUUCCCUUGCAAAAACCCUAGAUAUAUAAAUCUUCUGAGCCAAUCCGUUCUCUAUUGCAGUCGGCAGCGGAGCAACACACUCCUCAAGAACCUCGCCGUCCUUUCGCCGCCGUCUCCUUCAAUCUCCGAAAUGUCGAAGAGAAAGGUUAGGGAGCCCAAGGAGGAGAACGUCACCCUUGGACCUGCUGUCCGCGAGGGAGAGCACGUCUUCGGGGUCGCUCACAUUUUCGCCUCGUUCAAUGACACAUUCAUCCAUGUGACUGAUCUAUCUGGAAGGGAGACAAUGGUUCGCAUCACCGGUGGGAUGAAGGUGAAAGCCGAUAGGGAUGAAUCUUCACCAUAUGCAGCCAUGCUUGCUGCACAGGAUGUUUCUCAGCGCUGCAAGGAGCUUGGUAUCACAGCUCUCCACAUUAAGCUUCGGGCCACUGGAGGGAACAAGACCAAGACACCUGGUCCUGGUGCUCAGUCGGCACUCCGGGCCCUUGCCCGUUCUGGCAUGAAAAUUGGCCGUAUAGAGGAUGUGACGCCGAUUCCUACUGACAGCACUCGUAGAAAGGGUGGUAGAAGGGGAAGGAGGCUGUGAUUACUCUUCCAAAUCUCUGUGCCCUACUCUGGCCGCAACUUGCUUCUGGAUAAUUUUGCAUUAGAUGUAAUGUCUUAAAAUCUUCAGUUGAACUUACAAUACAUUUGGUCGAGUUGUGUUAUUGAGACUUGAGAUUUUGAGCAUGAGGAAGUCAAAGUUAGGAGACAAGUCCCUCUUCCUGUGUUUGGCACUGUUAUAUUUUAUUUUGUUCCUCAUUCAGUCA